AUGAAACUUAUUAGCAACCCACGCUACCAACCACGACAGCACUACUUCUGCACCUCGCCUCUCGAUCACAAAGCAGACAACUUGCAUGCACGCAGUAUUGAACUCAUAUCGCCAAGCAUCAAAGAUGUAAACGCCUCCUUCGAUAUGAAUGACGAUGAAGACGACUGCGAACUGCAAGUGCUGCAGAGCAGUUCUGCGCAGCAAUUCUUUGGAUCGGCUGAUUAUUCAGCCUCGAAGCUCGAAGCAGCCCAAUCUCUGAUCUCAAGCUCUAACCUCCGACGACAUCAUUCACAACCUCGGCUCCUGCUCUCAUUACGUCAACAGCCGAAGAGUCGGGCGCUGCUGACCAAACCACAACCAGAAACCACAGACGACAAACGACUGACGUACGUACGCAUGCAGGCUUUUGCACCUACUCACCGUCCACUACCCACGAAGUCUGAGCUUAAGAUUGGAGAGGCUGCGAAGUUUGCGCUGAACCAGAGUCAGGUAAGGUUGUUGAGUGUACAUUCGGCGCAUGCAGAGUGCGCCCUGCCCGCCUCCGCCCCCAAUUCCAAACUUCAACUUUCCGGCUUGCCUACGGCACCAACAAGAUAUACGUUGCCUCGGAAUGGAAGAACUUUAGGCCGGCCGAUUGACCGACGUGAGGGCGCUACUGUCUUUCUCAAUUUCAUGCUCUUUCAGACAGUCCAGCAGAUAUGGUGACAUGAACUCAUCCUGCGAUAUAACAUGACAAGAACUCAUCCUGCGAUAUAACAUGACAAGACCCAUGACGCAAACACGAAAAAAAUUGACACAAAGAGAUACGCAACAAAACAAACUCGCGAACUGCGGCCGCCAGACUCGUAGACUUUCAUCCCAAACCUACUAUCUCCGAGUCCGCAGCCGCUCUCUCCAAUUCUCUCUCUCUCGACCUCUCUUGACCGUUUGUUUCUUUCUCACACCGCACUGACGUGAAAAUUUCAUUCGACAUACCUCCACCGCCUUCUCCGCCUCCACUUUCCAAGUUUCACCAUCAGUCCCUUAAAAACAAAAACGGUUGAGAGGUUUUUAAAAUUGAUUGCUUCUAAUCAGAUUGAUUUGAAAAUAGACGUCAUUAGGCUUAUCGUUCUACGUGCCUUGAUCCACGUUUUCUCCUUGC